GCCAGUGCCAGUCACAUUUCCCUCUGUUCUGCAGCAGACAGACGGAGUUCUUCUAAUCCUUCUGUCUCUUCUUCCCCAUCUCUCUAAAACUCUUCUGUAAGGGAGGAACAGCUAUAGCUUUGGGGAUAAUAUAGCUUUAAGGCAACUUUUGGCAAAUGUUAACGUCCUAACAUCUGGGCAGUGUUAACAGAAUCCCGGAGGCCCAGACAAACCAGGAGCCACUCGUUCUAGGAAUGUUAAAGUAGAAGUUUGUUGUUUCCCCCCCCCCCCCGGCUGAUGAGAGGAGCAGAAAGGAAAGAGAAAGAGGAGGAGAGAGAAAGAACACAAAAAAACUAAAACACAGGAUGGUUGGUCAACUAAUUCAAAGAGGAGCUCUCCCUCUGCUGCUCUUCCUAACUCCAGCAGUGACACCAACAUGGUAUGCAGGCUCAGGCUACUAUCCAGAUGAAAGCUACAAUGAAGUCUAUGCAGAAGAGGUCCCACAGGCUCCUGCCCUAGACUACAGAGUCCCCCAAUGGUGUUACACAUUAAAUAUCCAGGAUGGAGAAGCCACAUGCUACUCACCAAGGGGAGAAAAUUAUCACAGUAGCCUAGGUACUCGUUGCGAGCUCUCCUGUGACCGUGGCUUUCGACUGAUUGGACGGAGAUCAGUGCAAUGCCUGCCAAACCGCCGUUGGUCUGGAACUGCCUACUGCAGGCAGAUGAGAUGUCAUGCACUGCCAUUCAUCGCUAGUGGCACCUACAGCUGCACAAAUGGAGUACUUCUUGACUCCCGCUGUGACUAUAGUUGUUCUAGUGGCUACCACCUAGAAGGUGACCGCAGCCGAAUCUGCAUGGAAGAUGGGCGAUGGAGUGGAGGCGAGCCUGUAUGUGUAGACAUAGAUCCUCCCAAGAUCCAUUGUCCCCACUCACGUGAGAAGAUAGCAGAGCCAGAGAAACUGACUGCUAGAGUCUACUGGGACCCACCCGUGGUGAAAGAUUCUGCUGAUGGUACCAUCACCAGGGUAACACUUCGGGGCCCAGAGCCUGGUUCUCACUUUCCUGAAGGAGAGUAUGUGAUUCGUUACACCGCCUAUGACCGAUCUUAUAACCGGGCCAGCUGCAAGUUCAUUGUGAAAGUACAAGUGAGACGCUGCCCAGUUCUGAAACCACCGCAGCAUGGCUACCUCACCUGCACCUCAGCAGGCGACAACUAUGGCGCCACCUGUGAAUACCACUGUGAUGGUGGUUAUGAGCGCCAGGGAACCCCCUCCCGGGUCUGCCAGUCCAGUCGCCAGUGGUCGGGAUCACCACCUAUCUGUACUCCCAUGAAAAUUAAUGUCAAUGUCAACUCAGCUGCUGGCCUCCUGGAUCAGUUCUAUGAGAAACAGCGACUCCUGAUCAUCUCAGCUCCUGAUCCCUCCAACCGAUAUUAUAAAAUGCAAAUCUCUAUGCUACAGCAAUCCACCUGUGGACUGGACCUGCGGCAUGUGACCAUCAUUGAGCUGGUGGGGCAGCCACCUCAGGAGGUGGGGCGCAUCCGGGAGCAACAGCUGUCAGCCAGCAUCAUCGAGGAGCUCAGGCAAUUUCAGCGCCUUACUCGCUCCUACUUCAAUAUGGUGCUGAUUGACAAGCAGGGUAUUGAUCGGGAACGCUACAUGGGACCUGUAACCCCUGAGGAAAUCUUCACAUUCAUUGAUGACUACCUGCUCAGCAACCAGGAACUGAUCCAGCGCCGGGAGCAAAGGGAUGUCUGCGAGUGAACUUGAGCCAGGGCAAGGUUGAUGUCAAGGGAAAAUUACCCUAGUUAGCUGAAACUGAGGCCUAAUAAAAGAAAGAAAUGGUUUCCCACAGUUCUAGGGACAGGAUUCUGAGGUGAGUGAGGUUUGCCAAUCCAGAGAUAUUUCUAGACAUCAUUUUAGGACUGUGCCAUAGUUUCCGUAAGCAAGUCUAUGCUUCAGUUAGCACUGGAGGAGACUCUGAAGCUAAGCAGGGACUGAGUACAGGCUUUGAGCAGUGCAUUGGGGGUAGGAAGUCUUCAUUUCCUAACCCGGGCCUCUGCCCUGCUCUCCAAAGUCUUUCAGAUAAGUAAAUUCUAAAUUGAUUCA